AAAGAAUAAAGAACGGUAAAACAGCUUAUGAGCAACGCAAAAACCCCACACACUCACUCCCUUUUUAAUCUAUUUUCCAACGACUCUACGAUGACGACGGCGAUAGACGCCGUGAUGGAGGCCGCUUCCGGUCCUCAUUUCUCCGGCCUGCAUCUCGAUGCCGGAUUCCAUUCUUCUCCAAGAUCUCCGUCGACCUCCAUUCUUGCUGAAUCAAUCAAACAGCCAUUCGUCAUCGGGGUUUCUGGUGGUACUGCUUCUGGUAAGACGACGGUUUGUGACAUGAUUAUUCAACAGCUUCAUGAUCACCGUGUUGUUCUUGUCAAUCAGGAUUCAUUUUAUCGUGGGUUGACUGCUGAAGAAUCUAAACGGGUCCACGAGUAUAAUUUUGAUCACCCUGAUGCUUUUGACACAGAGCAAAUGUUAGAGUGCAUUGAGAAGCUCAAAAAAGGAAACUCGGUACAUCUUCCAAUAUAUGACUUCAAAAACCACAGGCGAUGUUCUGAAUCCUUCCGCCAGGUUAAUGCAUCUGAUGUAAUUAUCUUGGAGGGAAUACUGGUUUUUCAUGAUCAAAGGGUUCGUGACUUGAUGAAUAUGAAGAUAUUUGUAGACACAGAUGCUGAUGUUAGGCUUGCUCGUAGAAUAAGGCGAGACACAGUUGAGAGGGGCAGGGAUGUAAAUUCUGUGCUUGAGCAGUAUGCAAAGUUUGUUAAACCUGCUUUUGAUGAUUUUGUUCUUCCCUCAAAAAAGUAUGCUGAUGUCAUCAUACCAAGAGGAGGCGAUAAUCAUGUGGCAAUAGACUUGAUAGUGCAACAUAUACGCACAAAGCUUGGUCAGCAUGACCUUUGCAAAAUAUAUCCCAACAUAUAUGUAAUUCAAUCAACAUUCCAGAUUCGGGGCAUGCAUACUUUAAUUCGAGAUAAAGAGAUAUCAAAGCAUGAUUUUGUAUUUUAUUCGGACCGGCUAAUUCGACUGGUUGUGGAGCAUGGCCUUGGUCACUUACCAUUUACUGAGAUGCAGGUAGUCACUCCGACAGGAUCGGUAUAUAGUGGAGUUGACUUUUGCAAAAAACUGUGUGGUGUCUCUAUCGUUCGAAGUGGUGAAAGUAUGGAGAAUGCAUUGCGUGCAUGUUGUAAAGGCAUAAAAAUUGGAAAAAUCCUUAUCCACCGUGAUGGUGACAAUGGGAAGCAGCUUAUCUAUGAAAAGCUCCCAACAGACAUUUCAGAAAGACACGUGCUUCUCCUUGAUCCAGUUCUUGCUACAGGUAAUUCAGCUAACCAGGCAAUUGAGCUACUGAUACAGAAAGGAGUGCCAGAAUCACACAUAAUAUUCCUCAACCUCGUCUCGGCUCCAGAAGGAAUACAUUGUGUUUCAAAACGGUUUCCUUCAGUGAAGAUAGUAACAUCAGAGAUAGAUGUUGCUUUGAAUGAAGAGUAUCGCGUUAUACCUGGUCUUGGGGAAUUUGGUGACCGUUACUUUGGUACCGACGACUGACUGAUGAUAAUAAGAUGAUUAGUGAUUGGUAUAAGUGACAACCAACCGUCAUGAAGUUCUUUUCCCUCUUUUUAAAAUUAAUCAACGUAAAGGUACUACUCCUACGAUGGAAGAAAAAUGACAUUUGUUACCAUUUGAUGUGUUUAAACUUGGUGUGUUUGGUGGCAUUUAUUUAGUUAAUAUUAGAGCCGCUGGGAAGGGAAUUUACAAAUGCAGAAUUGUUUCGAUUUAGUAUUCUUUUACCAGCUACAAUUGUUGGUUCUCUGCAUCUUUCCCUAGGUUUAUAUUUUCUUCUUAA